CCUUGUCAAUCAAAGUGAUUGCUUAUCAUCCUUUCAGUAAGGCACCAACGUUCAGAUCGCCAUUUCAAUACGCACGGCCACCUUCAUAAUCACGACAGCAUUCCUGCUCCCAUAAAUCGGAUACCCUGAUCUGUACUUUCAACAUCCCUGAAGCAAUCACUCCCUUUCUCGCCAUAUUCAAUCAAAAUGGCCACCCAAGCGGUGGCCGUUGAACUGUUCAGUACAUCAAUCUUGAGUAAUCACAAGAUACGUAAUCGACAUGAACGAUACAUAUCCAUCUUACAAGUGAAGAAGAUCCCUUUUGUCUAUCAUGAUUUAGCAAGUGAUGAUGAUGCAAAAAGUCGAUGGAGAAGAAAGGCUUUAGAUCCACAGAUACCAGGUUUACUCGUACACAACGAAUGGAGAGGAACAUUUGAGGAGUUCGAAGAAAGUGUCGAGUUUGGAGAAUUGGACCUGUUUCUGCGCAUCGAUCAGGAAAGGGCAAAGCGAGAGGCAGAAGAAGGUUUAGCACCGCAAUUGCCGGUAGCUUCUUCAUCUCAAUCAUCUGAUCUUGCUUCUGCUUCAUCUUCAGAGGCAUUGAAACCGCCCACUGUCACACCGCGAAAGCCUUCAAAACAUGUUGUGGCAGAAGUACCACGAUUGGCUCAACCUAGAGCUCCAUCACAGAAUACACUGGCUCCCGCAUUACCGACAGCAAAGGCAGGAUACGACAGAGUGGGAAAGAAUGAUACAGAUGGAUUCCUUCGAUCGCUGGGCCUAUCUGAGAUGAGCUUGACGGAGGAUGAAUUGAAUGAGGUAUUGGACGCAGGAAGAGAUACGGCAGAGAAACGAAAAGGAAGGACUUCCAGCGGCGCUGAGGGGGACACUUCUGCAAAUGGAGAAAGUGCCGAUCGUGGAGAAGGCAAAUAUCCCAACUCACUCGGACUGGGCAUAUCCUCCAAGCAAGCACCCGUACCUCGAACAUACGUUCCAUCUGCCGAUGCGGGUGUGAAACCUUUGCGAUUGGCAAAGAUGGGAAAUGGAGAUUCAAGUCGAUCUUCCAGUGCUGCUUCUCCCCACGCACGUUAUAAUGCCAGUCAAUCUUCUUCUCGUGCUUUGGCAGCAGAGGCACAGGCGAGUGCGUCAUCGCGAUCGUUCUCGACAACCAAAUUACGUGAAGCAGUCUCACAAGGUGAUGAUUUGAAAGCUGCAAUGUCUCAAACGAGAUUGGCAAGUGGAACAGAUACAGCCGAACAAGUUGUUGGAAGGGAAGAUAUUGAUGAUUUAUUGGCUUCUUUGGGAUUGGAUGAUGUAAAGAUGACAGAUGAAGAAGCUGAAGCAUUCUUAUUCGAUGGUUCUAUACCGGACGGAAUGGGUGCAAGUGGAGCACGAUUAGGAAGAUCCACAAGUAUGGCAGAUCGAGCACGCUUUGAGACUGCAGCUCAUGAUGUUGCACAAAGAGCAAGAGGAAAAGGAUACGGAAGUCCAAAGACACCACAGAUGGAGAAAGAGGAGGGUGGUGUGAGCUUGGAAGACAAAGUGGAGAGACCACUAUCAAUCGAGAAAGCUAUCGAAGCAACCGCUGCGACCGCUGCUGCAGAAAGUGAAACAGACGUUAAGCCUGUGGUGGUGGAGGACGUGAAAGAGCAAAUUGAAGAAAAGGUCAAGAAGGAAGCCACUGAAGAGGAUCUGUCCACACCAAAAAUGGCCACUGAAGGCUUCCAAGAACCGCCUGUGGAAGCAGAGAAAGAAGAGAAGGACAAUGAAGCCAAAGAAGAACAAGGCAUCACAAAGGAGGAAGGUAGCGGUUCGUAUGAUGAAAAGCAGGAAGGAACACGUACAGGCGAUUCAACGCCAAGACAAAAGACGGUGGAUUUGUUCCCUGCUCCGCCUCCCCUACCCGAUUCAUCGAUUAUUGAAAAGUCGGAAUCAGAUAUCAGCGAGAAUGCUGAACAGGAAGAGAGCGCAGACAAAACACCGCCAGCCAGUCCUCCAAUUUCGCCACGUAAAUCAUCUGUGCAAAUGUCACCUACUUCUUCAACAAUUUCAAAGAAGAGCCCCAAGCCCGAACCGCUGGAGCUCGAGCAAUCAUUCAGUGCUGUUGCGUCACAAAUUCAUGAUGACAGUCGAAGACCUCUCACGCCAAGUCAAAGUGGUAAUCUGGAAGGUGUUAUAGGCUCUCCUGCUUCUAAUAAGCUGUCGAUCAGUUCACCGGCAAGAUCACCACGCAGUCCUUCUUCUCGAGAUCUUUCCCUUUCGCCACCUGCUUCUGCACCGGCAGGCUCUAGGAUUUACAACCGUCGAAAGGGUAUCGAUGUGCCCAGAAGUAGUGUGAGUGCAUCACCUUCAUUCGAUCCAAUGUUAAGUCCGCCUUUGAGUGCCAAUGGCUCCAAUAUGCUUCAACGUGGAAUUGGUCAAACACAUACCGGUGCAAGUGUUGGAAGCUUAGGAAGUAGCCUGAGUGCAACUAGUAUGAGCAGAAAAGCAAGUGCCAAUAGUAUUGGAUCACCAAAGAGUCCAAAAUCAGGAAAGAAAUUAUUUUCGAUUGGACGAAAAAACAAAGAUAAACAUAGUUCACGUAAAAGUGGAUCGUCGAAUGGAAUGGGUGAUGAAAGUGAUGAGGACAUCCCAACGACUACCGACCCUAAUUUGAUCGAAAGUAGAUCAAGUAUCGCUGGAGGAAAUGGGACAACGGGUACAGGGUCAAUGGAUCGAAGUCAAAAGACACUCAGUGUGAUCUUACGUGAAGCUGAUGAAGCACUUUCGGGAAUAGACGGAGAUGAUGAUUAUGAUGGCGAUAAUUUUGAUUUGGACGGAAUGCAUGGAGAUGAUGAUGAUGAGAUCGGAGGUGCAUUUGAUCUGGAUAUAGAUGAUGGCAUCGAAGUGGAAAAGAGGAGAUGAUCGAAAUAUCUGUUCUAUGACGUUAUCAAAUAUAUCACAUACUUUGAGAAAACGUGUGUCUCCACAAUGAAAGUGUGAAAUGAUGCUGUAGAGCUAGUCUGGUCGUUGAAGCAG